CACACGUCCAACCCUCCAAAAAGACUUGGGCUCUUCAGGGAACAAACGGGUUUCCCUUUUUUUCACAAGAGCCCGUUUACCUUCAGUCUGAGCGUCUGCUGGGCGGAGGGACUGUGGAGUUUCUUCACGACGUAAAACCAAUUGAUAUUUUCGCUCAUGGCAAUGCAGAAAUAAUUGACAAUAAUCUGGAUUGAGUAAAAAGGAACGAUUUUGAAAUUAAGACGCAGUUGAGGGGCUCCGGUCAUGGAUAAGGAUAAGGAAAGGUGGUCCACGAGAUGGAAAACGAAAAAGUGUCUCAGGAACUCCGUUUUAAGUGCAAUCUUCAGUCUGACUUUUGUCCUACAGGCAACACAAGUGAGAGCAGCUGAACCCGUGGAUGUGCUCAAGGUCUUAGACUUUAAAAGUUCACCUGAAGGAGUGAAGAAAACACCAGGCUUCUGCACCAUCCGCAGAGGAUCCAAACCAGAUGUGGCCUACCGAGUGGACAAACGGGCCCAAAUCAGCGCCCCAACCAAGCAGCUCUUCCCAGGAGGAGUAUUCCCUGAGGAUUUCUCCAUCCUUAUGACUAUCAAGCCAAAAGCGGGAAUACAGUCCUUCCUUUUGUCGGUGUACAAUGAGCAGGGCAUCCAGCAGCUGGGUGUGGAGGUGGGCCGCUCUCCGCUCUUCCUGUAUGAGGAUCAGCAUGGGAAACCUGCUCCGGAGGAUUACCCCCUUUUCCGUGCCAUCAACCUCGCAGAUGGAAAGUGGCACCGUGUGGCUAUUAGCAUCGAGAAGAAGACCGUCACAAUGAUUGUGGACUGUAAGAAGAAGAUCUCUAAACCACUCAGCAGAAGUGACCAUGCAAUCAUCAACACAGAUGGCAUCGCUAUCUUUGGCACCAGAAUCCUGGACGAAGAAGUUUUUGAGGGGGACAUCCAGCAACUUCUUCUGGUGGCGGAUCCUCGUGCAGCCUACGACUACUGUGAACACUACAGCCCUGACUGUGAAACCCCUCACCAGGACACUCCACAGGCCCAGGAACCCGAGGAAGAGUACAAUCCCGAAUACUCAGAUGCAUAUGGGUUCUAUGAAUACACAGAUGAAGUGACUGCCACUGAAAAUCCCACUGACAACGUUCGUACUGACACCAAGCCCAGCACUGUCGACACUGGAGACUACUAUGUUGAGCAGGAUUACGGCACUGAAGCUCCUUCUGUUUCCAAUCCAGCCAAUGAGAAUCCAUCACCGAAAGAGGAAAUAGUAGACGACUACAUUACAGGCGUAGAACAAGUUGGCGUGGAUGCCACCGCCGCCACCGAGGAGAGUGUGAAAUAUGUGGAGUCCAAAAGCACAAAUGGAGGCGAAACCGAGGACUUUAAGGAAUACGACCUUAACACAUAUGAUGCAAAAGAGAUAGACCCCAGCAAUUAUGAUGAUUCCUUCUAUGACUACACUAAUGGAGUAAAACCCACCGGAUCAACCUAUGAGGACGAGAUUGGACCUGGACGACCUGCGGAAACUGAGGUCACUGAGAGCAAUGUUGGUGGUGGUUAUGGUGGAGAGAAGGGGCAGAAAGGUGAACCUGCAGUCAUUGAGCCGGGGAUGCUUAUAGAGGGACCCCCAGGACCACCGGGGCCCGCCGGCCUCCCCGGCACUCCAGGCAUACAAGGCUCCCCGGGCCUCCAUGGAGAUCCAGGUGAAAGAGGUCCUCCUGGUCGUCCAGGUUUGCCAGGCGGUGAUGGAGCUCCCGGGCCUUCUGGCACCAUCCUCAUGUUGCCGUUCCGCGCCGGUGGAGAAUCUUCAAAAGGCCCGGUUGUGUCGGCACAAGAAGCUCAGGCCCAAGCCAUUCUCGCCCAGGCGCGGUUGACUAUGAGGGGACCUCCAGGUCCAAUGGGAUUGACAGGACGCUCCGGCCCUGUGGGUGGUCCUGGUGCACCUGGUGCUAAAGGGGAAAGCGGAGAUUCUGGCCCACAGGGACCAAGAGGACUUCAAGGCCCAACUGGUUCACCUGGAAAACCUGGCAAGAGGGGCCGAAAUGGAGCAGAUGGAGCCAGAGGAAUUCCUGGAGAAUCGGGAGCCAAGGGCGACCGAGGAUUUGAUGGCCUUCCUGGUCUACCUGGUGAAAAAGGACACAGAGGCGAGCAAGGUCCCAUCGGCCUUCCAGGCUCUCCAGGAGAGGACGGACCGAGGGGUGAGGAUGGUGAGAUUGGACAGAGAGGAAUGCCGGGAGAAAGUGGUCCAAGAGGUCUGCUGGGCCCCAGAGGAUCUCCUGGUACUGCUGGACAGCGUGGACUGACUGGUUUGGAUGGACCACCUGGCCCUAAAGGAAACAUGGGUCCUCAAGGAGAGCCUGGACCUCCUGGUCAACAAGGAAACACCGGACCACAUGGUCUGCCUGGUCCUCAAGGCCCCAUCGGUCCACCUGGAGAGAAAGGUCCCGCAGGGAAACAGGGUCUCCAUGGACUCGCUGGAGCUGAUGGGCCUCCUGGUCAUCCAGGAAAAGAGGGUCCUCCCGGGGACAAAGGAGCAGCUGGCCAGCCGGGUCCCCAGGGGUCCAUUGGUUAUCCCGGGCCUAGAGGUGUGAAGGGUGCUGAAGGCGUCCGAGGUCUGAAAGGAGGCAAAGGCGAGAAGGGUGAAGAUGGUUUCCCUGGGUUCAAGGGAGACAUGGGCCUCAAGGGUGACAAGGGAGAAGUCGGUGUGAUCGGUCCCAGAGGAGAAGAUGGACCUGAGGGGCCAAAGGGUAAAUCAGGUCCAAGCGGAGAGGCCGGUCCAAUGGGCACAGCAGGAGAGAAGGGAAAACUUGGUGUUCCAGGUUUGCCUGGCUAUCCUGGAAGGCAAGGACCAAAGGGCUCUACUGGUUUCAUCGGCUUCCCUGGAGCCAAUGGUGAGAAAGGAGGACGGGGUAUUGCUGGUAAAGCGGGUCCAAGAGGACAAAGAGGUCCAACGGGUCCCCGCGGUGGAAGAGGUGCCAGAGGUCCAACAGGAAAACCCGGAGCUAAGGGAACAUCAGGAAAUGAUGGACCAUCUGGUGGCCCAGGAGAGAGAGGACCCCAAGGACCUCAAGGACCUGUUGGAUUGACUGGCCCAAAAGGCCCACCUGGGCCUCCUGGAAAGGACGGACUGCCCGGUCACCCUGGACAGCGAGGAGAGACUGGUUUCCAAGGCAAAACUGGACCUCCUGGACCUGGAGGUGUUGUUGGCCCACAGGGCUCUACGGGAGAAACUGGUCCUGUUGGAGAAAGAGGGCAUCCUGGAUCCCCAGGACCCCCUGGAGAGCAAGGCCUUCCUGGAGCUGCUGGCAAAGAAGGUGGAAAGGGUGAUCCAGGUCCUCAGGGAAUUUCUGGGAAACCUGGCCCUGCUGGAUUGAAAGGGUUUCCAGGACAAAGGGGGCUUCCUGGCGCAGCGGGUCUGUCAGGUCUGAAGGGAGGCGAGGGUCCACAGGGUCCACAAGGCCCUAGCGGAUCACCAGGAGAGAGAGGACCCGCUGGACCAGGAGGACCCAUUGGCCAAACAGGACGCAACGGCCCUCAGGGACCCCCAGGACCUGCUGGAGAGAAGGGUGGUCCGGGUGAAAAAGGUCCUGCUGGUCCUGCCGGUCGGGAUGGCAUCCAGGGUCCAGUCGGACUCCCAGGCCCAGCCGGACCUCAAGGUCCGCCUGGAGAGGAUGGUGACAAGGGAGAAGUUGGAGAACCUGGUCAGAAAGGAAGCAAAGGUGACAAGGGUGAACACGGUCCUCCAGGUCCAGCAGGUCCUCUGGGUGUUGUCGGAGCUCCAGGUCCUGCUGGAAGUGAUGGAGAAUCAGGACCCAGGGGUCAGCAGGGGAUGUUUGGACAAAAGGGAGACGAGGGACCCCGAGGUUUUCCAGGUCUUCCUGGUCCCGUUGGAUUGCAGGGUUUGCCGGGACCACCAGGCGAGAAGGGAGAGAAUGGAGAUGUUGGCCCAAUGGGUCCACCCGGUCCUCCUGGCCCUAGAGGUCCUCAGGGUUCUAGUGGAGCAGAUGGUGCUCCUGGUCCUCCUGGAGGUAUUGGCGCAAUGGGUGGAAAUGGUGAAAAGGGUGAGACCGGAGAGGCAGGUAAUCCAGGACCACCAGGAGAGCCGGGUACACUUGGACCCAAAGGUGAGCUUGGAGAGAAAGGAGAAGCUGGUCCUCCGGGAGCUGCAGGACCUGCCGGUGGAAGAGGACCUCCUGGAGAUGACGGUCCCAAAGGAAACCCAGGUCCUAUCGGCUUCCCUGGAGAUCCAGGUCCCCCUGGUGAGCCCGGAGUUGGUGGACUGGAUGGACUUCCCGGAGACAAGGGAGAUGAUGGAGAUGCCGGUCAGCCUGGUCCACCCGGUCCAUCUGGUGAAGCUGGUUCUCCAGGACCCCCUGGAAAGAGAGGUCCCGCUGGCCCAGCUGGUACAGAAGGCAGACAAGGAGAGAAGGGUGCAAAGGGUGAAGCCGGUGCUGAGGGACCAGGGGGCAAAACUGGGCCUGUGGGCCCCCAGGGGCCUCCUGGAAAGUCUGGUGCUGAAGGCUUACGUGGCAUUCCUGGGCCUGUGGGUGAACAGGGACUUCCUGGAGCUGCAGGCCAAGAUGGACCUCCUGGACCAUUGGGUCCUCCAGGUCUUCCUGGCUUGAAAGGUGACCCUGGUUCUAAGGGUGAAAAGGGUCAUCCAGGUUUGAUUGGUCUGAUCGGUCCUCCUGGUGAGUCUGGAGAAAAAGGUGAUCGAGGACUGCAAGGACCACAGGGUAUUGGCGGAGGCAAGGGUGAUGCUGGUCCCGCUGGUUCAUCUGGUCCAGUCGGUCCCCCAGGUCCUCCUGGUAUUCCUGGCACACAAGGACAGAAAGGAUCCAAAGGAUCAACCGGUCCAGCUGGACAGAAAGGAGAGCCUGGCUUGAUCGGACCACCAGGUCCUCCGGGCCCCGCUGGUGACAUCAUCCAGUCUCUACCCCUCCAGAUGAACAAAAAAGCGAAGAGAUCACCUGAUGUUCAGGAUGAUGAAGCAGCACCAAUAGCAGAUUAUGGUAUGGAGGGAAUGGAGGAUGUGUUUGGAUCCCUCAACACUCUCAAACAGGACAUUGAACGCAUGAAGUUCCCAUUGGGAACCCAGGAUAAUCCAUCCAGAACCUGCAAAGACCUGCAGCUCAGCCAGCCAGACUUCCCUGAUGGAUAUUACUGGAUUGAUCCAAAUAUGGGAUGCAUAAGCGACGCCUUUAAAGUGCACUGUAACUUUACUGCCGGAGGAGAGACUUGCAUUUACCCUGAUAAGAAGUCCUCAGGGGUUAGAAUAUCAAACUGGCCAAAGGAGUCCCCAGGAUCUUGGUUUAGUGAAUUCAAGCGAGGAAAAAUCUUGUCUUAUGUGGAUGUUGAGGAGAGCUCCAUAAACUCAGUCCAGAUGACGUUCCUCAAGCUGCUGAGCUCUUCUGCCCGGCAGAACUUCACAUACAUAUGCCAUCAGUCUGUGGCCUGGUACGACGCCAAGGCUGACAACUAUGACAAGGCUCUGCGCUUCCUGGGCUCCAAUGAUGAGGAAAUGUCCUAUGACAACAACCCCUUCAUCAAGGCUCUUUCAGACGGCUGCUCGCUGAAGCAGGGCUAUUCUAAAUCUGUGAUGGAAAUCAACACCCCGCGCAUCGAGCAGGUGCCCAUCAUCGAUGUCAUGUUGAAUGACUUUGGGGAGUCCAGUCAAAGGUUUGGCUUUGAGGUUGGUCCCGUCUGCUUCCUUGGCUAAAGGAUCCCCCCUUUUACUUUCAUUCCAAAAGCCAAGGAGUGCGGCCCACCAAAAAGAACCCCAACCCGCUCCCCCCUCCUCGCGCCACACACACAAGCACCCAGAUUGUGGAAUAUUCAUCACCCCGGCGCAAUUGGAACAGAUCAGAGAGAGGACACGAACUGGUGGACAAUGGCACACUUUCAGGAGAAGGAGGACCCAUUCUUCUACAUCUCUCCUCUGUAGGAUCUUUUCACAUUUCCAAAAUUGUUUGUUUUUUUCUCUCUACUUGAAGCCUUGAGAUGUUUUUAUUUGUCCCAUUACAUGUUUAACCCCAGCACCAUUCAUGCUUGAUUAACCCUCGCCCAAUGCAAGUAUUUCCCAUUUGCCUUUCCAGUUUGGAUCCUCCUCCAGGUGCUGCUCAGAGAAAGACAACCACAGUGGUGUGCUCUUGUUGUAAACACCCAAACACUCACGGUGCUAUUGAACAUGCAUUUUUUUGUUUGUUUGUUUUUUUGGGAUAAAACUGUAAUUAUUUUUUUGUACAAUACUGUUCUUUCUCAAUUGCCUUUAAAGGAAUAGUUCACCCCAAAAAUGAACAUUUUUAUCAUUUAAUGACCCCCAUUUGUUCUGAACAUGCACUGAGAAACUUUUUUGGUAACACUUUAGAACAGGGGUCACUAAUCCUGGUCCUGGAGGGCCGGUGUCCCUGCAGGGUUUAGCACCAUCUUGCCUCAACACACCUGCCUGGAUGUUUUAAGUAUACCUAGUAAGACAGGAACAAGUUUGGUGACCACUGCUUUAGAACAAUAGUUUUAAUGAAUGCAUCUACUAAUAUGAGCAAUCAGUGAUACAUUUAUUACAGUAUUUAUUCAUCUUUGUUAACAAUAGUUAAUGUUGUUGAAGUUCUGUGUAACUCAUGGUGCAUUUAACUAAUAUUAACACUAACUUUAGAUUUUAAUAAUGCAUUAGUAAUGUUAAACUAUGAUUAAUAAAUGCCACGUCAGAUUGUUCAUACUUAAUUUUAGUAAAUACAUUAAUUAAUGGACCCCAAUUCUAAAGUGUUUGCACAAUUUACAAAUAAACAAAUAUUGUUGCAUUUUUUAUUAUUUUAAGUUGACUCAAAUUAACUUUACAAGUCAUUUUUACUUACAAAACAUUAAACUUCGAGAUAAUGUUAGUAUAACUUACAAAAUAAAGUUAACUUAUUAAAAUGUACUUAUUUCAUUCAUUCAUUCAUUUUCUUUUCAGCUUAGUCGCUUUAUUAAUCCAGAGUCGCCACAGCGGAUUGAACCGCCAACUUAUCCAGCACGUUUUUAUGCAACAGAUGCCCUUCCAGCCGCAACCCAUCUCCGGGAAAUGUACUUACUUCAUUAAGUUGAAAAAAUAUUCAGCUGUUUCUUUCUCAAAAGAAAAUAUUCUCAAAACAAUUCACGGUAGCCAUUGUCUUCCGUAGUACUUUAUUUAUUACUAUGGAAACAUUCUUCUGAAUAUCUUCUUAUGUGUUCAACAGAAGAAAGAAACUCGUGUAGUACAUGUUCAGAACAACUGAAGGGUGAGAAAAUGUGAAUAGUUUUCCAUUUUGGGGUGAACUUUGCCUUUAAACCUUGCAUGUGUAUCAAAACUGAUUUGAUGAAAUAUAAAGAAUCUUUUUCUUUUGUAUUUUUUGUUUGUUUAUGUUUGAAAGCAACAGAUUUCUUUGCAAGAUGUCACUCAAUCAAGUGUUCCUGCCGACUAAAAAAUAAAACAAGCAUUUCAAACCAUC